AUGGGUAAUGUUUUUAGUUCAUGUUGUGAUCAGAGAAAGUCACAUACUCCAUACGAUCCAUUUAUAUAUGAUGAAGAAUAUGAAGAAUAUCAUAGUCCGAAUAUAGGAGUAGUAGUAGAAAUGCUUGCAUUUGCAGACUGUAAAGAAGAAAUAUUAAACCCUCAUGUAACAAAUACAUAUCAACCUCCAGCACCAAUCUUAUUGGAACAAACAAAUUAUAGAAACUCUGAUCUAUACAGUAGUAAUAAUUCAAGUAGUCAUAAUCAACAACAGCAACAACAACAAUACCAUCAACAACAACAAAGUUAUUAUGAAAACUAUACCUCUUCACAACAAUACAAUGAUUAUCAUCAAGACAAUAACAAUGACCAUAACCAAUCGUAUCAACCUUUUCCAGAGGUAGAAGAUGAUCAAAAUGAAGAUGUUACAUUUGAUACCAAUUAUCAAGAAAAUUACCAACAACAACAGAGAGAAUCGUCAUCAACAUCAACAUUACCAACCAUUAUUGAGACUUCUACUACAUCCACUACUUCAACGCAACCAAUAACAACUUGGCAACAACCUCAACAAACUCAACCUCAACAACAAUCACCAGUUAAUAGAAACUUGACCAAUUUAAAUAGUAGUAAUGGUAGUGGUAAUGGUAGUGGUAGUAGAAACUUUAAUAAUAGUUCACAGGAUAAAUUCUAUCCACGAUAUAUGAACUUUACCGAAUCUGUAUAUAUGGCGCAACCACCUUCAUCUGAACUAGGCAUUACCGAUUCUGUUGUAGAUUCUUUGGUUUUUGGUCUUGAAAACAAGAAUAAAACAACAAUCGAUAAUAAUAAUAUUAAUAACAAUAGUAAUCAAUUCCAACCAUCAUCAUCACCUCAACCAUUAACAUCAUUAUCAUCUACUACUACUAGUACAACAACAACCUCUACUACUACCACUUUUAGACCAACAGUAACACAAAUAACAUCACCAACUUUAAAUGAUAGCAUUAGUAAUACUAGUAGUUUGGCAAAUUCUCAGUACCAAGACUCAACUCUUUUGAGUGACGAAUCACUUUACUAUGACGCACAAGAUUAA